AUGUCGGACUCAAACCAGUCUAAACCCGGCGGGAUGAUCUCCCUAUACGCCAACUUGCUGGAUUCAAAUCCAGAUCCAUCCCCCGGCACCAUCUCCCGCGCCCCCGUCGUCUUCAAACAGUCCUCCGAAGGCGAGUCGCAGCCCGAUGAUUCCGCUGCCAAAAAGCAGCAACUUCCUACCGCUUCUCUCCGAUUCCAACCUACAAAGCGACCACAGCUCUCCGCGCAGAAACCGAAACCGAAGCCGUCAUUACCGAAAGCGACCCCUAAUCCUGUUGCUGCCGCCGCUUCGGCGGCAGCUGCCAAGAGUACACUGGCGGAUUGGGCGGCUACGGAGGACGAUUACGAUGGGUUUUAUGCGGGCCCGAAACGGCAGCGGGGCGGGCGCAAGAAGCGCAAGAAGAACAAGGACACGGAAGCCUUCUUUCAGAAUUGGGACGACAUCUACGACCCAUCCCGGCCGAACGUCUUUGAGGAAUAUAGGCAUAGCGAUGAGCAGAUGAACGAGGUGCGCGAUUGGAAGGACCGUCUGUACGCCCAUCGCAUGGUGCGGUCCCCAAGUAGGGACUCGUACUCCGAUGAUGGCGACCGACCUGUAAACCGUUCGUACUACCCUUGCACGUGGGUGUCUCUCUUCGCACCACCGCCAAGCUUCGCACCGCCGCCAAACCUCAACGACGUCCCACCUCCGCCGCCUAGGGAUUCGCCGCCGUAUGAGCCGCAUGAUGCCACGGUCGAGGAUGCGCCAGUGUCUGGCUAUGUUCCGCCUGAGCCACAGCCCGUCCUCCCAGAUGACCCUUCCGGGGAGGAUGCCUUCCGAAGGCGCCUACAGAUGCCCGGAGCUCAGCCGACGACAGCACCCGCUGCUCCUCCUCCCCCUCCAAACCGGCCUAUGGAAGCGAUGCAGCCGGCUUCUGCGACCAUCUCCCGAGCCCCAGUUCGUUACACUCUGCCCCCGCCUCCGGAUGAUAUUCCCGCCUCCGAGGCGGAGCUGGAAGAGGUAUUUGCCAAGGAAGAGCCCGCCGAGGAAGAGCCUGGACAAGACGACCAACGCUCUCUGCGGCCGGGGCAGCAGGGGUUCGCCGAGCGACUCCUUUCAAAGUAUGGCUGGACCAAAGGGUCAGGCUUGGGCGCAACGGGAUCGGGUAUCGUCAAUCCAUUACAGGUCAAGGUGGAAAAGCAGAAGAAGCGACCCGACUCGGAAGGUGGUGGCUUUGCUACUCCUGCUGGGCGGGGCAAGAUCAUUGGUAGUAAGAAGAAACAAGAGGAGGGGAGCAAGUUCGGCGUAAUGAGCGAAGUGAUUGUCCUGAAAGGCAUGCUCGACGGGAUGGAUGUGGAUGCCGAACUGGAGGGAGAUCACGACGGGGGAUUGAUGCAAGAGAUUGGGGAGGAAUGCUCGGAGAAGUAUGGAAACGUGGAGCGUGUCUUUAUCUCUCGUGGUUCGGGGCCCCCGGUACCUGUGUUUGUCAAGUUCGUCAACCAGCUAUCAGCUUUACGGGCCGUCAACGCUUUGGAAGGCCGGGUAUUCAACGGCAAUACGAUCACGGCUCGUUUCUUUGACACGCAAAAAUUCGAGGAAGGCGUAUACGAGGACUAA